AUGGUGGUGACCGCCCUGGUCCGCUCGGCGGCGCGUGCGGCCCGGUGCGCGCCGGAGCCCCACCAGCGGGUCGCCAGGGGCGCCGCGCGCGCGGGCGCGGGCCGGCCGACCAGGCGCUCGCUGUGCGUGCGAGCGGAGGGCCACGCGCGCCCGCCGGCGCACGUCGAGGAGGUCACCAGCACCAAGAACCCGUACGUGAAGCACUGCGUGAAGCUGCGGAGGAACGCGACGUACCGCGCCGACAGCGGCACGGCCCUCCUCACGGGGCUCGCGCCCAUCAGAGAGCUCGCAGCCGCCGGCCUGCUGAACAUCCGCGUCCUCAUCUCGUCGGGCCAGGCCGCCACGGCCGACAUCCCAGCCGCGCAGAGGCUCCAGGUGUCGGACGCGGUGAUGGAGCGGCUGGCGGGCCUCGAGGGCGCUGGCGGGGGCGCGUCGGGCGGGGUCGUGGCCGCCGAGGUCGAGCUGCCGUCGCCCGCGGCGCUCGCGGACCGCCUCCGCGCGCCGCCCCCGCACGGCCUGCCGUCGCACCGCCUGCUCGCGCUCGACUCCGUGCAGGACCCGGGGAACAUGGGGACGCUCCUGCGCACCGCGUGCGGCCUCGGCUGGUCCGGCGCCUUCCUCCUCCCCGGGUGCUGCGACCCGUGGAACGACAAGGCCCUGCGCGCGGCGCGCGGCGCCACGUUCCGCCUGCCCCUGGCGACGGGCGGCUGGGACGAGCUGGAAGCGGUGCUCGGGGGCGACGCGGUGAUGCUGGCAGCGGACGUGCCGCGCGCGGGCGCGGGGGCGGCGCCGUCGCUGCGGGCCGUGGCGGCGGGGUCGGCGCCCGUGUGUCUGGUGCUGGGCAGCGAGGGACAGGGCCUGUCCGAGGCGGGGCGGCGGCGUUGCGCGGCCGUGGGCGUGCCCAUGCUGGGCGACAUGGAGAGCCUGAACGUCGCGGCAGCAGGGGCGAUCCUGAUGCACUCGUUGGGCCCCGUCGGGCUCGCGGGGCUGCGUGGCGCGGGGUCGAAGGCUUGA